CCAUGACAAUAGUGGCGCAAUUCAGAACAAUUCAGAACAAAUUAGAAUUUUCAUUCCCUUUUCCCUAUGAAGGGAUAGUUUUUUACCCCUUAAUUAAGCUUUAUUUAUAUGUGUGUGUAUAUAUGUGUGUAUAUAUAUAUAAAUAAAUAUCGUAAAUUGUUUGUAUGUAUUAGGCGCCAGGUGUAAAAUUACUUGGUGCAACACACAUCGUAAAUGUGGUUUAUACAAAAUGCGAGAGAGCAUCAUUUUUAACAAAAAAAUUCGUGCAUUGUCAUGUGUCCAUAAAUAAUUAGUUAAUAUUAUUAUUUAAUUACAGUGAAUAUUUAUUAGCAAUAUAUACAACAUUUAUCGUAAUCGUUUUUUUUUUUAAUUAAAUGAUUAAUUAUUAAUUAUUUUUAAUUGUUAAAAAAAAAAAAAAAACAAAUUUACAUUUUGGUUAAAAAAAAAAAAACAUUUCUUUAACUAACAUCGUCUUGGUUGGGUACAGGAGGCCCCCGCGGGUAAGAGAGCGUCAAGACGGUUGGUUAUUGAAUUGGAAAGAAAAAAAAAAAAAAAAAAACUACAAUUAAUUAUAAAUUUUAAUAAUGGAAAUAAAUACAAUAACAAGUAUUACUAUUAUUUAAAAAAUUAUCCAGUUAUUAAAGACAUCCACAAGUGUAUUUCGAUUGAAAAAAAAAUUAAAUCAAUUUAAUUGAUUUAAUUGUAAUUCUAACGGUGUAUAUAUAAUCAUAUUGUCAAUUCAAUAAAAAAAAAAAAAAACUAAAACCUUCAUACGCAACAUAAUAAUGCCGUGGUUAAGGAAGAAGCCAUUUCAAAGGCUUCAUGUAUCCUCUGAUUAUAGAGAUGAUGAUGAAGUAUUUCAUUGUGAAGUUACAAAUGAAAUUUUUAAAGAUUACAAUGAAUUUUGUGAACGAAUUAUUUUGUGUAAUUCCACCAUUUGGUCAUGUAGCAUCACUGGAAAAACUAAUAUGACAUAUGAGGAAGCAUUUGUUUGUGAAGAAAAUGCUAAAGAAAGCCUUAAAGAAUUUCCAAUGGAGUUGAGAAUACCAAUAUUAUAUCUUGCUAGUAAAAUGAAUAGAAGUUCAUUUAGUGAUAUGAUGGAAGAUAUUUAUCAAUUUGCACGUGAUCGUUAUUUUGUUGGUGAAAUGGUUGAAGCUUGUUUUAAAGAUGAUACAUGGUGUGAUUGUCAUAUAUUACAAGUUAUUGAACCAACUGAAGAACAAAUAAAUACUUAUAAUAAUAAUGAAAAACAACAAAAUUUACAAGAUAAUAAUAAACAAUAUAAUCCACCAGCAAAAUUAUUUAAUUAUGAAGUUGAACAACUUGAUUGUGGUGAUGAUGAUGUUACACAAUUACAUAUUAUUGAUGCAACAAAAGUUAGAAGAAAAAAACAAUUAUUUACACGUGAACGUUGUAAAAUUUUUUUACGUAUGCUUUGUGAACAAAAUAAUCAAUGUAUAUGGAUUGUUAAAGAUGAAAUACAACGUAAAUAUGGUAUACAAAAAAUACGUUUUGAUACAAUAUUUGCUGGUCCAAUACCAAAUUUUUCUGCAAUGCCAAAAAGACCAGUUAUUAAACAACAAAAACAAAUUACACUUGAUAGAUUUUUAACUAAUGAUGUUACAAAACAACAACAACAACAACAAAAUUCAAGACCAUUAAUUAAGACUGAUCCAUUGAGAAAAUUAAAUGAUACUGGUUUACUUGUUAAAAAAAAACGUAGAACAAGAAUAAAUGGUAAAUUUAAAGAAGCAAUAAAAGCUAAAGCAUUACAAGAAAAAGAAAAAAAAAAAGAAGAACGUAUACAAAUACGUGAAAAACAAAAAGAAGAAAAAUUAAAACUUGCAGCACUUGCAGCAUAUGUUAGAGAAUGGAAUAAACCACGUGAAGAUUUAGAAUGUGAAGAUUUACGUCAAAUACCAACAGCAAUACCAGUUAAUUUUAAAAUACCAAAUAAUAAUUUUGGUAAUUUUAUAAUGAUAUUAGAAUUUUUACAAUUUUUUGAAGAUGAACUUGAAGUUAAAUCAUAUUUUACAAAUGGUGUUACAAUUGAUAUACUUGAAAAAUCAAUGUUAAUUAAAGAAGCAUCAGGACCAUGGUCAGAUUUAUUACAAUUAUUAUUAGCAAAUAUAUUUAAAUAUCAAGCUGAAGAAGAAGAUGAAAUACAUGAAUCAAAUUCAUCAUCAAAUGAUAUUAAUGCAACAUUUAUGGAUCAUAAAGUAUCAUCAAUGGCUGAAGCUGUUAAAUUAGCAACAAUAGCAUCAUCAUGGUCACAAACACAACAUGGUUGUCAAUUAUCUGAAUUAACACUUGAUCAUGUUACAUUAAGUGAAAUAUUACGUCAACAUUUAUUAUCAUCUGGUGGACGUAUUGGUGAUGUUGCAUCAAAAUGGCGUUAUUCACAACGUGGUGGUUAUACAAAUCAUGAUGAUCCAGCAUUAUAUUUAAGAAUUAAUGAAUCAAGAAUAUUACGUUGUCUUGGUCAUCGUAGUGUUUGUGAAUUUAAUAUUGAUGAUAGAUUAUGUAUAACAACAUGUUUAAUUAAUCAAUUAUUAACAUUUGCAUCAAUAAGAGAUGUUAUUGAAGAACGUCAUGAUAAAAUUCAUCAAGCUAAACGUGAAUUAAAAUUAUAUUUAUUAGCUGAACAAAAAAAAGAAAAAGAAGAAAAAGAAAAAGAACGUCUUAAAGAAAAAGAAAAAGAUAAAGAUAAAGAUGAUACAAAUACAAAUACAAAUAAUAAAUUAAUAAUUAAUGAUGAUAAUAAUGAUAAACAACAAAAAAAAACACGUGGUAGUAGUCGUGAAGAAGAUAAAAAACGUGAUGAUUAUGAAAAUAAAAUUAUUGAUUUACGUUUAGCAACAAAAGAUGAACAAAUGAUGGUUUAUUUAGGUAGUGAUCGUGCAUACAGAAGAUAUUGGCGUUUUAUAUCAAUACCAGGUUUAUUUGUUGAAAAUGAAGUACAAUAUUCAAAUAAAUGUUUACCAGAUGGUACACCAUAUUUACCAGAAUUAUUAGAUAAAGAUGCUGCUGAUAUAUAUCUUAAAAAUAAAUUUGAAGAUGAAUUGAGUGAUAAAGAAAAUACAUUUAAUAAAAAUAAAAAAAAUAAUAAAAGUGGUGGUGGUGGUAAAUUAUCAACAAAUAAAAAAGAUGAUAUAAGACGUAAUUUAAUGGCUUGUACUGAUAGUAAAGAUUGUCCAGUACAUUGUAAAAGAUCUAGUGUAACAUGGAGUUUUUUUAGUAAUGAAAAUGACAUUGAUAAUUUAAUACAAAAUUUAAAUAUACGUGGUAUACGUGAAGGUGAAUUAAAAAAUAAUUUAAUCAAUGAAAUUGAUAGUAUUAAAUCAAUUAUUAAAAAUUGUCCAAUAUACAAACUUAAUCCAGAUAUAUAUCCACCAGAAAAUUAUAUUAAUAAUAACAACAAUAAUAAUAAUAAUAAUAAAAAUAAAAAAACAAAAAUUGAAAAUACAAAUUUAAAUUUUCCACCAGAAAUGAAAAUUGAUGAAGUUAUGGAAUUAACAUUACGUGAUUAUGUUCUUGAUUUAGAAGAUAAAAUAAAAGCUGGUUGUUUAGGUUCAUUAAAAGUUAAAGAUCGUGAAUUAUGGAGACGUGAAAUAACAAAUCCAACAUAUACAACAACAACAGAUGAAGAUGUUGCAACAAAUUCAUUAGUUGAUAAAAUUAAAAUGGAAACAAGAAGUCGUCCUGGUACACCUGAUUCAGAAGUUGGUAGUGGUUCUGGUAAAUUAUAUAGAGAUCCUGGUAAAUAUCUUGGACCACCAGGUGAUAAUGAUAUACAACCAGAUAUAAAACAACAAAAUAGUAUUAAACAAAUGGCCAAGGUUAUACUACAAUUAUUACAUGCAAUUGAACCAAAAUAUUUAAAAAAACCACUUGGUAAUGAUGAAAAAGAUAAAAAAUCACAACUACAACAACAACAAUCACAACAGCAACAAUCACAAGCACAAUCACAACAAACACAAUCACAACAACAUCAACAACAACAGCAGCAGCAACAACAACAUCAUCAACCACAUAAUGUAAAUGAAGAAUUAAUUGAACGUUGGGAACAAUCAUUAUUAGCAUCAACAAGUUGGUCACAAUUAUUUUUACAUUUAAGUACAAUGGAAAAUAGUGUUGCUUGGGGAAGAAGCGCAUUAAAUGCACGUUGUCGUAUUUGUCGUAAAUGUCGUGAUGCUGAAAAUAUGUUACUUUGUGAUGGUUGUAAUAAAGGACAACAUUUAUAUUGUCUUAAACCAAAAUUAACAUCAGUACCUGAAGGUGAUUGGUACUGUAGUAUAUGUAAACCCAAGGAAACAAAACCUAAAAAUAAAAAAUCUAAAACAAGAAAAAAUUUUGAAGAUGAAGAUGAUGAUGAGACUGUUAUUACUAAAUUUACAAAAAAUCGACUUAUUGAUGAUGAAGAUGAAGAUGAAGAUGAUAAUAAUAAUGAUGAUGAUGAUAAUAAUGAAAAACAUCUUGAAUUAUAUAAAACAAAUAAAAAACAAGAAUUAUGUUCUGGUUGUGGCUCAACUGGAAAUUUAAUUGCAUGUGAUACAUGCCCAAAAUUAUAUCAUCUUGAUUGUAUUGAACCACAGCCAUUAUCAAGAGCACCACGAGGACGUUGGUCAUGUUUUAAUUGCAAAAAUUCACGUAAAAGUGCUCCAAAAAUUGUGAAAGGUCGCGAGCGUGAAAAAGAGACAGAAAGGUCAUGUGCUGCAGCAGCACGUACUCGAAUCCAUGGCUUCGCCAAGAGUCUUCUGAGUACAGAUACAUCAAGUUGGUGGGAUGAUACAAGUAAUUCUGAAGAAACAGAAACAAGACAAACAAGAAGAUCAGCAAAACGUGCUGCAGCUGUACAAGAUAAAUCACUACAUGAACUUUUAAAAGAUGUUAUGCAUCAUCGUGAUUCAUGGCCAUUUUUAUCACCAGUUACAAUUGAUGAAGUACCAGAUUAUUAUGAUUUUAUUAAAAAACCCAUGGAUUUUGGUACAAUUAAAAAAAAACUUGAUAAUGGAAAUUAUGAAAAAAAUUCACAAUUAUUUUUCAAUGAUAUACAAUUAAUAUUUGAUAAUUGUCAUGCAUAUAAUAAGGAACACAGUGCUGUUUACAAUUAUGUUCACAGGGCUGGCAUAAGAUUAUCAAAAUAUUUUGAUAAAAAAUCAAAAGACAUGGGAAUAAAUUGUGGUGAUGAAGUUGCAGUAACAACAACACGUAGAUCUGGUGGAUCACAAGCUAAAAAAUUCAAGGAAGAUUCUGAGCAUAAUAAACAUGAUAGUACUGAUAAACAAAUUAAAAUUAAUGGAAACAGAUAAAAAAAAAAAAAAAAAUAUAUAGUUAAAUAUGGCAUCAAAAUAUUUUCACAAAAAUUUAAACAAUAAGACGAUUUAAAAAAGAAAAAAAAAUGUAUUUUUUAUUUUUUUUUUUAAUUUAAUUUUUUAUGUUUUUUCACAUUCCACAAAUUAUAUCAUUUAUUAAGUUGUUUUUUUUUUUUUUUUUUGUUCUGUCAACUGUUAAGAUACUCAGUUGUAAGUGUGGAUCCCUUGGAAAAACUUUUUCUUUUUUUUUUGUUAAUUUUAAUUAGGAUUCAUGCAGUAUUAUUACUUGGAUUUUUGUAGUUUUAAAAAACAUGAAAUUUGUAUUUCAAUGCAUAAAAGACUUGCAAAAAAAAAAAAAAAAAAAUUCAAAUUGAAACAUUGCUUAAAGUACUAGUUUUUAGUUAAUUUAACUUUUUGUUUAUUUAUAUAAUUUUUUUGUCGUUGUGUUUUAAUAAAACUGCCUACAAGAAAAAAAAAAAAUCAAUUCAAUUAAUUCAUAUUUUGUAGUUUUUUUUGUUUCAUUAAAUCUGGUGUACUUAACAAGCUUGACUGUUAAUUAAUUUUCUUUUUAUUUUGGCUGG